UUAAAUCUAACAAAUCUAACCACCAUGCUUGAAAAUAUGUUACUCGCUUGUGCAAAACCAUUUACAUAAUUGUUCAUAGUUUCUCUGGGCUAUAACUGCGAAAGCGCGUUAUGCCGAAUAGUGACUCCUCUGGUGGAAUUUACGCUCCUAUUCCGCAGACGACGAUCACGGAUUCCGAAAGCGAAGAGGAUCUGCACAGUACCAUAAUACAGCCCGCGCCCCAGCAGCAGUAUUCUAGCGUUCGAUUCGGGAAGACACUGGUCACCAUGAAUGGCAGCAGCGGAAAAGGAAAAAUGCAGUUCGUUCCUUCCCUCAAUGGAGCUGGAAUUCUGGUAGCGGGGCCGCCGCGAAACUUUGUAGUCUGUGGUGAAAAUGGCAGUACUAUUUGUAAUAAUUUGUAUAACGGGCUACCCAGUCCCAGCGAUGUUGAAGAUGCCAACGGAGUAUUUCAUGCAGAUAAUGUUGCAAUUCUGCAAGAGGCAGGCUCCACUACGGAGAGAAAAAUGUCACUUCCAAGAAAGUGUUGUUUCGUAGCUUCGCUAGCGGUUUGUUUCCUGUCAUUGAUUAUAUUCUUGUGGGUCAUUCCUUGUUCCGACGAAAUGGCCUGUCCAGCUGGAACUGAGCGAGCAAAGACACAAAACUGGAUCAAAAAUUACGAAAAAAUAGAACUAAAAGGAGUGAUUAACGUUGUAGAAGGAGUUCGAGGAAAGAGUAAGAAUCUGGUGUUGAUGUAUCGUGGCGACAAACUAUUUCCGGAGUUUGAAGAUUCGUACAAAAGAAGAAACGGGAUAAUAUCCUUGAUAGGUAGCAGUGGAAAAGUGGCCUGGUACGAUCAGAUGGUCAAUGAACCGAAAAGCAUUGACUGCACGUUAAUCGAUGCAGAUUUAAGCGGUGCACCGGAUUGCCUUGUCAUGGAUGAGUACGGUCAGUUGGAAUGCAUCAACCCGUUAUCGGGCGAAUGGAUCUGGCACUCGCCGAUAUAUGAUAGGAAAAAUAUCCUAAAACAAAAUGAUCUUUUGGAUUUCCCCUUAGUAAUUCCAGAUGUUGAUGGUGAUGGCGUGAAUGAUUUGUUUUUUAUUACGAGCUUUGGGGAAACGAAGCACAAUAAGUUUGUGAUGAUAUCCGGACGAAAAGGACAGCUAAUAGGCGAUUCCUUCAUUGUGAAGGAAUGCAUUUAUGUUCAUAAACUAAUGAUAGAUGCAGACUACAAUGUAAUGUAUAACUGUGUUCGGGAGAAAUCAGAACAGCAGCGAUCUAAACCGCUAGCUGAAUUAUACAAGCUGAUUAAACGAAAGGCACUUGAUAUGAAAAAAAUUAAAAAGCAGAAGAGCUUCUCUCAACAUAAAUUUUACGGCCAAAGAAAGAACACAGAAAAGCAAAGAACCAUUACGUAUGUUGGUGGUAAACAGUUAGUAAUCGAAAAUCGAGGCAGAUGCCCCGAAAAUUGUACAGCUUCAGUAUUAUUGACCGAAAAGGCUAGUGGUAAACUAUUGUGGGAUAUAUCCGGCAAACAAUUGUAUGGUAUGCAACCCGUUCGGUUGAGCUUCAAUAAUUUUGCAGCUGAUAAUCGCUCCACUACCUACGGAUUCGUUAUAAAGUUUUGGGAAUGGAGCCAAGAGGAACCGGACAAUCGGAGCAAUCGCGAAAAGCGUGAGUCCCCUACACCCAAUCCUUUUUCACGGCUUCUGGUGAAAAAACAAACCUGGGUACUGCCGGACGAUAAAACCGAAUCGGAAUAUUCGGAAAAGAUGCGCCGCAGCGUAAAUCAAACCUUGCGCCCAGGUAUUUAUAAAACUAGGAUGCGAUACCUCAAGGAAAUGGUCAAACUUAUCGUCUUUAAUUCCACCGAUAUUAAAAUCGAAAAUACCAGUCAAUCCAAUGUAAUUCAGUUCUGCCGCGAGAAUGUAAAAGAUGCUGCUGAUGUCGUUUGUCAGCCGGACCUAAAUUAUCAGGAAAAUUCUUUACUAAUCGCUGAUUUAGAUAAUGACGGCUCCCAGGAACUAGUCUCCUAUUAUUCUACAUUCGUUAAAACCGAACCAGAAGCAGGAGAACGUUCCAGUAUGAAACUUAAAACGUUCGUUCAACUAUUGCGACUUGAGUCUGAGCUCCCGAAACUUUAUAAUACUGUCGACUCGAUAAAAAACUAAACGAACCAAUAAGUAAACCGGGCGGGAAUCUGUAAGAAAUAAUGUGUGAUCUCAUGCUUAGUCAGAAUGAGAAAUAUUCUCGUAUUUAGAGUUUAGAUUUACAGUCAUAUUAUGGAUCUCGAUGUUUGUAAGAAGCACUUUUGUGGACGUAGAUCUAGUCAAAUCAACGGAAAGCCUAUAGUUUUAAAUGAUGCACGUUGUCAAAGAACAAUUUUUAAUAGAUCCUCACUAAUGUUAACUAUUUAUAUUGCACUCUGCUUAAAUGUAUAGUAACAUCAGUCCCUAAAAAUAGGAACAGACUAAA